AUGAGUAGUCAAGGGCAAACUACCACUAAUGCUGCUUCUGAAAAAGGUCAACGUCUUGCCAACGCUACUUAUCCAACAUUUCAGCGGGACAGACUACCUACGUUAAACGAGGUUCUUACUCGUAAAACUGCACCUCCAGUAUGUCUAUAUAAUUUCUACCUUUAUAUGAGAGAUACAGUAAAGGCUUCUGAUUAUUUGGACUUUUAUCUUGAUGUAUUAGAACAUGAGGUAUUAUGUAAAGCAUAUGUAAAGGACCUUAAAAAACUUGGGUUGGAUGUGGAUAUUGAAUAUCCUGAAUAUGAAAGAUAUAGACCGGGAAAUAAUAAGUCUGAAAAGGAUAAAUUUAGUACGACUGUUAGUGCAGAUGGUGGUAUUCAAAGACAUCUGAGUUCUUCAUCUCGUGGUUCGGAUAAUACAUUUAAUGUUGAUCCUCCUUCUCGCCCAGAUUCACCUUCAAGUUCACAUAUAAUUGAGAUUUCAAAUGAAAGGAAUGAUUAUAGACAGAGAAAUUUGGCACAUCGAGAUUCUGUUCGCUCCAACAGAACCAAUACAACAGGAAAUUUCUCAUUAUAUAAUCGUGAGAGACCAUUUCAGAGAGAAGAUCUUCGUGUAUCUGCGGAACGUAUUUAUUUUAAAUAUAUUUUUGGUGACUCUGAAAAAAAAAUCAUAUUAACGAGUCAUGUUCGAGAGAAGAUUGCUCAUGCUAUCGAAGACGAAAGCGAUACUCAACAUAAAAGGGAUGACCCAUGGAUAUAUUACGAAGCGAAAAAGGAAAUUUAUAAUUUAAUGGAACAAGAGUAUUUCCCCGGAUUUUUAAAAGCUAGAGCAUUCGGAAAUAUGCAUGACCGACACAUUAUGAUUAGAUUAGGAAUAGGUUUAUUAUUUUUAUUUAUUGGUUUUACUGUUGCACUAUGUUUAAUUUUUUUAGAAAAAAAGCCGUGGACUGUACGAUUAUGGAGCUUUAUUCCAAUAUAUUUGGGUGUUAAUAAUUUAUUUGCUUCUGUAUCGAAGUUUAGUCCCCUUCUCGCCUUAUUGAAAAUAAGGUAA